UUUAUAACCCCUGCGUAGUUAUUUAUAUGUGCUGUUGCUUCUUUGAGAAUUGUGCGUUUAUCUCCAAGGUUAGAUGUCCAGCUAGCAUGUUGUAACGGUAUAGCUAACGGUAUCUGUUAUGUAAUGAUGUUUAGCUUUGCAGUGCACAGUUAAAUCCUUUGGUUCAUUGGUUUCUAGAGCUCCAUUGCAGCGACACAGAACGGUCAAGCUAGGCACGGAUUUAGCAACCGUACCAGUGGGGUUUCUGUUUAGCUGGAUAUAAAAGUGUGCGUGCGUGUGUGUGCUUGGGAAAGGAGUAGGGUGUCACUAAUAUGCUCGCAACUAUCAUAUUUUUUGCUUGUUAGUGUGUCAGUGCAACUUAGACAGCAACCAGCUAACUGACUGUCAAACCCCCUACACGCCUUCCUCCCGGCCAUCUGCUAUCCUUUGUCCCAACUAAGAGAUGCAGCACUGAACGUUUGCGAUGAGCAGAACGAGCUGUUGUUUAGCAUUGGUCACUUGGGAACUUAUCUAUACCAGCUGCUUGUACACAUAAGCACAAUGGCUGUCCCUCCAGCAUACUCAGACCUGGGCAAGGCCGCCAAAGAUAUAUUCAGCAAGGGAUAUGGCUUUGGUGUUGUGAAGCUGGACCUCAAGACCAAAUCACAAAGCGGAGUGAUGGAGUUCAACACAUCUGGCUCCAGUAACACAGAUACAGGGAAGGCCUCAGGGAGCCUGGAGACCAAGUACAAGAUGAAGGAGCUAGGCCUGAGCGUCAACCAGAAGUGGAACACAGAUAACACCCUGGGUACUGAAGUCACUGUGGAGGACCAGCUGGCUCAAGGACUGAAAGUUGGCUUGGAUACAUCUUUUGUACCAAACACAGGCAAGAAGAGUGGCAAGCUCAAGACUGGCUACAAGCGUGACUAUAUGAAUAUUGGCUGCGAUGUUGACUUUGAGGGUCCCAUCAUCCACGCUUCUGCUGUGUUGGGCUAUGAAGGCUGGCUGGCAGGCUAUCAGAUGGCCUUUGAUACGGCCAAAUCCAAACUGGCUCAGAACAACUUUGCACUCGGAUACAGGGCCGGGGACUUCCAGCUUCACACCAAUGUUAAUGACGGGACUGAGUUUGGCGGCUCCAUCUACCAAAAGGUAAAUGACGAGUUGGAGACAGCGGUUACUCUGGCCUGGACAGCUGGCAGCAACAACACUCGUUUCGGCAUUGCUGCCAAAUACAAGCUGGACAAAGAUGCCUCUCUGUCUGCCAAAGUGAACAAUGCCAGUCUGAUUGGAAUAGGCUACACCCAGAGCCUUCGACCAGGUGUUAAGGUCACCCUCUCAGCUCUCAUUGAUGGCAAGAACUUCAACGCCGGCGGACACAAAGUCGGCAUGGGCUUCGAGGUUGAAGCGUAAACACGAAACCUACAAAUAAAGAAGAAGAAGCCCACUUCAGCACUUAGUUUUCGGCACCCUCCUAUCACGAUAACUUGUCUCCUUCUCUUGUCUCUGGACUCUCCCUCACACACCCCUCCCUUGUUCAUACUUCUGAUGAGCAUUUCUGACAGUAAUAGUCAAGUCUUAGCAUUAUGCUUAAAAAGUUGUGAGGCUGAUCCUGAAACUGGCGGUGCAUAGUUGUGGAGAAUUGUUUUUAUGGCGUUUGAAAUAACUAUUUAUUUCCCUGUAGGUCUUGAAUGAAGUAGUUGUUGGUGUACAUGUGUAGCUCAUUUAAAGCUUCAGUACUGAGUUAUUACUGCAUUCCUAAAAGCAUGUCAAAUGAAGGGUUGGAUGCAGAGCUUAAAGCUUAUUUGCUUGGUUAAAAAAGGUGCAGAGUGUCUGUCGUCUCUUUAUUUUUGUAUCCAUUUGAACGGUUUUGGCUUUUUUUGCUGCAAUCCAAGGACUAUUUAAUCCAUGUCAUUGUUUGCAUACAACACAUAUCAUUAAAUAUUGAAGUAGUGGUGGAUGAAGUUAAAGACCAAUUUCUGGAAUGACGACAUGAAAGAUGUUAGAUCUAUUCUUGCACAUGUCUCAAAAUGCUCUUUUAGCCCUUUGUGACUUCUGUUUUUGGUAGGUGAAAUCAACAUAAUGGAAUCUUCUGGUAGCUCUUUGGGUUUGUUUGUUUUUUUACAUUUCUACAGUGUUGUUUUCAUCUAUCUGUCUCAGCUCAACGGUCACAAUGAAAGUGAGGUUAUUUUGCUUCUGUAUCUCAGAGGCACCAGUUAUCUUAACUUGACUGCCAGCUGUUUCCUCAUGUUGCUCGGGGACCUCACUCGUUGCUGUCAGUGAUCGUGUCUUCAAAACUAUCUCCACUCUUAAGCUCUGUAUAUUAAAGUACAGGUGCUUGUCCUCCAAGUAAUUCCAGUUGAAACACUUGAGGAGUGUUGUGUCCCCAGAUGUCUGUCCUGUUACUUUGGUUGGAAAUCCUGUAUCAGAAUGUGUUUCUUGUUCAUCUUAUGUUGUCAUUAUUAUUAUUAUUAUUAUGAGACUUUCUUUUCUUUGUCACAUAGACACAGUACCUCAUUUUUUCCAGUGUAAACUAAGAGAACUCUAAUAAUAAAAAAAAAAAAAGGGAAAACAGCA